UCAUAGGCUCAGUAAGUAGGUGACGACACUGCUGGCCGUGGCUCCACACACACACAUGACAUGUCCAUCUAGAGGCAGCUAGCUCAAUUAUUGUAUCCCUUCUCUGGAAGUGCCAGCUGACCUGCUAUCACGUUCACAUCCCCUCCUUAUCCUUCGCUAGGCAGGUGAAUCGAUCUGAAGCUCCAUCGCCUUCACUAGGCAGCAAGCAGCAAACUGCAAGUCCAGCCCAGAUCAAGUUUCCACCAAUUUGUGGCUAGAGACUGCGGUGUCAAGCCGCACGGCUCGGAGAGAGUUGGAGUAGGAGCAGUACUGCACAACAAGGAGGGUCAAAAUCAAAAUUGAUGCUUUCCAGUGUUUGCGUAAUACUAUAGUAGGCAGGUCAAGCUGAAGCUCCAUCGCCUUGGCUGGGCAUCAAGCGGCAAGAGGCUUGUCCAGGUAAUGACAUAUAUACUGACUACAAAUGGAACACAAAGCUACCACCGCGCGAAGUUAUCUAGAGCAGAUAUUAGUCGAUGAAACCGCAGAACCCACGGCCCUGCCAUUAUCACUUUUGAAGGACAUCACAGGUGAUUUCUCUGACGAUCAGGAGAUUGGACGUGGUGGAUUUGCAGUGGUUUAUAAGGGAAUAUUUGGCGAUAAGGUGAUCGCCGUGAAGAAGCUGUCCCACGCUUAUAUGCAUGAAACGGAAUUUGACCGAGAGAUUGAAUGCCUAAUGCGGGCAAAGCACAAAAAUGUAGUGAGAUUUUUGGGAUAUUGUGAUGACACACAAAGAAGUAGGGAAAUAUUCGAUGGAAAACAUGUCAUGGCAGAGAUCCACCAAAGAUUGCUUUGCUUCGAAUAUGUACGUAAAGAGAGUCUUGAUAAGUAUAUCAACGGUAGGACCACAUGGCCUCUAACUUUUCCCUUUAUUUUCUUUCUUCAUAUUGCGAAUUACGUAAUCUAUCAUAUAGCAUCUAGUAUUCAAAAGUUAAGACAUCAAGUAUCUCAAAUCAUAAACCCGGUUUCUCCUCUCCUUAUAGGUGCAUAUCGUGAGUGGGGAACGUGCUAUAAAAUAAUCAAAGGGAUCUGUGAGGGUCUGCAGUACCUUCACGAUAAUCAUAUUAUUCACCUGGAUCUGAAACCCGCCAAUAUACUGCUCGACGAUAACAUGGAACCGAAAAUUGCUGAUUUCGGCCUAUCAAGAUGCUUUGAUGAAAAUCAAAGCCGGGAUAUUACCAAAACUAUAUUAGGAACAAUAGGAUAUUUGGCACCAGAAAUUCGCGAAGGAGGUGUAAUCGCACGCAGCGCUGACUUGUAUAGUGUUGGUGUCAUUAUGCUGGAAAUACUGACCGGGCAGAAGGGGUAUCAAGAUAUUGGGGAUGUACUUGAAAGUUGGAGUGAUAGAUUGGAGAGAUCACAACGAGACACACUAUGCGAGCAAAUACGAGUAUGCUACGAGAUAGCUUUAGAGUGCAGGGAAUUCAAUCCAAAGAUGAGACCACCUAGUGCACGAGAUAUAAUUGACAGGCUACACACAAUGGAAAGUAUCCAGGGCUGGUUUGAGAAAAUAUUUUACUUUUCUACCGAGCCGGCUCAACUACCAGGCUCGGCGUACGGUCUGGUCGAGACGAAACCACCACUUCCCGUUAAAGUCGGCCAGUGUGGCGCGGCGACGAAGAUGGCGUCGAUCUACGACAUGGUGGAGCCGAUGUCGUAUCUGUGCGUGAGCGUGGUGAAGGCGCGGGACCUGCCCACCAUGGACAUCACCGGCGCGCUGGACCCGUACGUAGAGGUGAAGCUGGGAAACUUCAAGAGCGUGACGCGGCACCUAGAGAAGAACGCCAACCCGGUGUGGCGACAAAUGUUCACCUUCUCUGCCGCCCACCUGCAGUCCAACCAGCUUGAGGUUAUCGUCAGGCACAAGGACGUUCUUCGUGCCGACUUUGUUGGCCGCGUCGUCUUCGACAUGUCCGACAUCCCCAGCCGCCUGCCGCCCGACAGCCAGUUGGCCCCGCAAUGGUACAGCCUUUCCGAUGCCCACGGCGAGAGGUUCCCCCAUGGCAAUAGCCUCGGCGAGAUUAUGCUCGCCGACGAGGCGUUCCCGGAGGCGUGGCACUCGGACGCGCACUCGCUCUCGCGGGAGGGCCUCACCAACACGCGCUCCAAGGUGUACUACUCGCCCAAGCUCAUCUACCUCAAGGUCUCCGUCAUCGCGGCGCAGGACCUCAUCGCCGCCGACAAGGGCCGGCCGCUCGCGCCGACCAUCGCCAAGAUCCAGAUUGGCAACCAGAUAAGGAGGACACGGCCGGGGCAACCGCAGGGGUCGGCGAACCCGGCAUGGAACGAGGAGUUCAUGUUCGUGGUCAGCGAGCCAUUUGAGGACCCCCUGGUUGUGACGGUGGAGGAGAAGGUUGUCGCCGGGAGGGACGAGCCCAUCGGCCGUGUUAUCAUCCCCGUGGCGUCCCCGUAUGUGCCGCGCAACGACCUGGUCAAGUCGGUGCCGUCAAAAUGGUUCACCCUAUUGCGCCGCAUGACGGUGGAUGAGGCAGCGGCGGACGUCACGACGGGGAUCAAGCACCGAGAGCACUCCAAGACGUUCACCAGCAAGAUCCAGCUCAGGAUGAGCCUGGAGACGGCGUACCACGUGCUGGACGAGUCAACGUGCUACAUCAGCGACCUGCAUCCAGCGGCGAAACUCCGCAGGAGCGCCAUUGGCAUCCUGGAGGUGGAAAUCCUGGGCGCACGUGACCUGGCCGCGGGCGUGGAGAACCCGUACGUCGUCGCCAAGUACGGCAAGAAGUGGGUGCGCACGCGCACGCUCAACACCACGGCGCCGCAGUGGAAUGAGCAGUACACCUGGGAUGUGUUCGACCUCAGCACCGUCAUCACCAUCGCCGUCUGCAACGACUACCACGGCGAUGCCAAUGACCAGAGGAUCGGCAAGGUGCGCGUUCGCCUCGCCACCCUCGAGACCGACCGCAAGUACACCCAGUGCUACGCGCUCAUGUUGCUGAGCCCGUCGGGGCUGAAGAAGACGGGGGAGCUCCAUCUUGCCGUCCGCUUCACCUGCAAGUCAUGGACCAAAAUGCUGGCCAUGUACGGGAAACCGCUCCUUCCCAAGAUGCACCACACCAACCCCAUCUCCGUGCCGCAGCUCGACUACCUCCGGUUCCAGGCGAUUCAGAUGGUGGCGACGCGGCUGGGCAGGUCGGAGCCGCCGCUGCACCGGGAGGUGGUGGAGUACAUGCUGGACGUGGACUCGCACAUGUUCAGCCUGCGCCGGAGCAAGGCCAACUUCUACCGCAUCACGUCGCUCUUCUCCGGCGUGGUCGCCGUCGGCAAGUGGUUCGACGGCAUCUGCAAGUGGAAGAACCCACUGACGACGAUUUUGGUGCACGUGGUGUUCCUGAAGCUGGUGUGCUACCCGGAGUUGAUCUUACCCGUCGUGUUCUUGUGCAUGAUCAUUAUCGGGGCGAGGAACUACUUCAGGCGGCCACAGGGGCCUCCACACAUAGACAUGAUGCUGUCACGCGUGGAGCUCGCGCACCCCAACGAGAUGGGCGUGGAGCUCGAUACAAUGUUGCGGUGGUACAAGGAUGUGUCACACCCCGACGAGCUGGACGAGGAAUUCGACACGUUCCCGACGUCCAAGCCCUCAGACACCGUGAGACGGAGAUACGACCGGCUGCGUGGCCUGGCUGGGAUGGUGCAGACGGUUGUCGGCAACCUGGCUGCGCAGGGGGAGCGCGCACAGUCACUGCUAAGCUGGCGCGACCCCAGAUUGACGCCCGUCUUCAUUGCGCUCUCGCUGGUGAUGCCCGUCGUACUGUACUUGAUUCCAUUCCGGGUGUUGACCAUGGUGGUGGGGUGGUACUUCCUCCGGCCGCCAUGGUUCCGAGGCCGGACCAACCUGCUCCUCAACUUGUACAGUCGUCUGCCUUCCAAGGAUGACGUUAUGCUAUAAGGGUUUUUGUUUCCUGCAAUGAGCGUGAUGCUAUAAGGUUGAUCCGUUGAUGGAUACAACAUGCAGGAGUUAUUCUCUUUCUUUCUUCGUUUUGGUUGACUGUAUAUGUGUCCUUUUUUAUAUAUGACUUCUCCGGAUUCCAUAGGACAUUAAUAUUCACUUCGUUGUACUAUGAUGCUGAAAUUGUGUUGAUCUCACAUUAUCCUAAUAUGCAUUCCUUUUUGUCGAGCAAUUUUGAAUGACAAACAUUGC